AUGGAUUCAGAAACAUCUGCAGCAGAUGAAAGUGAUAUGAUGUCAGUCAUCAGUGAAACAACCGUUGGUUCAAUCAACUCUCCAAUUAUGUUCAAUUUGCUAAGCAGAUCUAAGGAAUUGAUUACUUCAGAUGCUAUAAACAGAAACCCAGCGUCUUCACCAUUAAUACCAGACCAAAAUUUUGACUUAUUAACUUCAGAUGCUGACUUUUACAAAAAGGCAGUUGGUAGUAUUCCUAGCGGGGAUGAUGAUGAUAACUCACAAUCUCUGCUAUCGGAACGAUAUGGAUCUAGUGAUCUACGAGUUACAAAGUGCGAAGAUAUUGCCAGUGAGAAGUCAAGUGACUUAGAGUACAACCAUUCAUCACAAUUUCAAAGAAACCAUUGUCCAAAAGAAGUAAUGAGGAGAUUUGAUGAAAGAGCAUCAUCUUUGGCCGAUGAUCAAAUCAUCAGUCCAAAAGUGGAAAAUAUCCAUGAUUCAGCAGACAAUAACCAAAGCAUCAACUCCAGCAACUCCAGGGAAGCAGUGGAAGACACACUUGCUGAUGUAUUAACAUCAGUAGAGCGUGAUUCGGUUCUUCACGGUGAUCAGCUGACGCCAGAUCUUGAUUCGUCUAUAUCCCGUGUAAAAACCAGAGAAAUACAACUAAGUCCUUUCACUGGAUUCGAUUCUGAAAUUUAUCCCGAAUCUAUGCCGGUGGCGACUUUUCGAUGCAGAAAUAAUUCACCUCUCCAUAAAUCAACGGGAAAGUACUGUCCUAAGAACACCCAUAAAGAAGUACAUGAUGACAAUGUUCAGUAUGCUACAAACGAUGAAGAUGACCAGAUUGAAUUAUUAGAAGAAGAUCCUAAAACUACCACCGCUAGUGAAAAAAACAGCACGAUGGCUUCACCUGAUUUGAAAUAUGUCGGAUUGGAUGAUGAAACACAAGCACCAGUGAGUGGUGACCAAUCACUAGAAUUUAAUUUGCCGAUUAACUUAGAAAAGACAAACAGCUCAUGUCCGAUGGAAUCUUACAACGAGCAAAAUGAUAAAAAUGAAAUCCUUUCUGAAGACCGUCACCAACAUACUCCAACGAAAACAGACUUGCUUGGAGAGCAAGGUAUGCAGGUUUCGUCUCCUCAAUUUUCAGUAGUUUCUGAUCAAUCAACGGAAAUAUGCAGGUUAGAUCUAAGAGUAGACACCAUCGAUAUAGCGUGCAGUCAAUCAGAUGCUAUACCUAUGGAUAUUAUGUCCUCGGGAGUGACCGAUGGAGGCGAUCCAGACACCACGAACCACUGUUCAAAUAACUGCUCUAUCGAGACGGAAGGAUCAAACGCAAAUUUCCAAACGGCUUCACGUCAAGAUCUUGAUGAAGAAAUAAAAAUGCAAGAUCCAAUUGACAUAAGUUCAAAUCGAAAUAGUAAUGUGUCGAAUUUACAGUUAAAUAAUUCUAAAGAAUGCAAGGACUCGGGACUGACUGAUAGAGGUGACAUCACAAACCACUGUUCAAAUAAUUUCUCUGUCGAGACGUUUAGAUCAAACGCAAAUUUUCAAAAUGUUUCACUUCAAGAAACAAAACAUCAAGAUCCAAUAAACAUAAGUCCAAAUCAAGAUAUUAAUGUUGUGUCGAAUUUACAGCUAGAUAAUUCUAAAGAGUACAUGGGCUUGGGUAAGUCUUGGGGAUUGAUCGAUGGAGGUGAUCCAGACACCACGAACCACAGCUCUAUCGAGACUGAAAGAUCCAACGCAAAUUCCCGAAAGGUUUCAGUUCAAGAUCCAAUUGUCAAAAGUCCAAAUCAAGAUGGUACCGUCGUGUCGAAGCCAGAUUAUUCUAAAGAAGAUCAAGAUGAUCCCACCGUUCAUGCAUUAGAUAAAGCAAACCACACAGAGAGUCCUUCAUCACCAACUAUGUCAUGUGUUAGUGAAAGCAUAUUGUGUACAACAAAUGACAAAGAAGGCCAUAAAGGUCAAAUAAUUCAAAAGCGAAAUUAUGGUAUAUCUAUACCACCCGUGAUGGACAGAUCUGAAAUGGGACCUAAACACCAAUCCAUUAAUGAAGAACAAAUGUUGGUGAAAUCUGAAGAGAAUUCUAAGGAAGAAAGAUCAUCACCAGCAAAUGACACGAAACAGUCUUCAGCUGUAUUGAGUAGUUGCGUUGCACUGCCAUCAGUAUUCAAAGAUCAAUCUGAACAUGACAUUAAUCAUGAGUCCAACAACCACAAAGAUCCUAAUAUAGAGGAACUGACCAUUUGCAUCGGCGGUGCUUCUGAUGAAUUGGCAAUAGAAGCAAAAGAAGGAAUUGAAGAGCUCAAGAUUAACUACGAAAAUAUUUCUGCCACAGGAGAUACUGAUAACUUAAAAAGGCUCGCGUUACCUAAAGAACAUAACUCCCUAGAAUUAUCGCAACUAUUGAAUAACUCGAGUACCAAUUCAUCUGAAAAAUGUGAAAAUGCGGCUGGUGGUCAUAGAAUGUUAGAAACAUGUUUACCUAAACCAUUACCAAGCCAAGAACUUUUGAAACAUGAAUUAAUCCAUGAUGCGUCUUCAGGACUAUCUAAUGAAGUUUCCAAACCAUCUGAUAGCCUAAAGACCCACGUCAUUCCAGAGCAUCCUAGAAAAUCUAAUCCGAGUUCCACAAUUUCCCAAAAUAUCAGUGCGGGUGAAUAUGUACCUAGUUCAGAUACACUUAAGCAAUUAGAACCAACCAGAAAAUUAAAAUCUGUGGAAAAUAUUGCGUUCAUGUAUAAAUCAGAACAACUAGAAAUAUCCAAGAAAAAUACAGAACUUUCCCAAAGUACACCAAGUUAUAAAUCAAUGAUAUAUUCACAAAAUAUUCAAAAAUCGAAAUCGGAAGUACAACAGAAUGUGUGCUCUCAGCAGAACACCCCCGAGGCAGCUCUAAGAAGAUCGAGACGGGAGUCUAAACAUCCUAUUAGAUUUUCUUCACCAGAACAAAAUAUCGAGUCCAAAGCAGCCAAACAAGGCUCUCCAGUGGGGAACAAGAUGCCGACUGCGAAACCUAAUUAUAAAACCGGGAGUAAGAAGCAGAGGAUAUCGAUCAGAUUCAUCAAUUCAAAGACAGAUGGCAAAGCAGAAACGCAAGACAUGGAAUUCAGUGAUGAUUUUGAGGUUCAUCAAGAGAUGCUCAAUACCUAUAUUCAGAUGGAAAUCAUGUAUGGACAACUUCAAGAUGACAUGAAAAGAAACUCGCCUGACAGGGAAAGCCUUAAAAGAUGUUCCUUGCAGUUCAAGACCUUGCAACCACAGCUGAUGAAACUUUUGUCCGAUUCGAAACAAGAAAGUCAGAGAAUUUCUUCGAAAGCUUGUACAGCAAGCGAUAAAUCCUUGAUGAGAACAAGAAUAAAACUGCUUUCUAUAAGACAAAAGAAACUGAAAUCUCUUUUUGAUAAGCAUUGUCGUGCUCAGUCGACCUUGAGAUUGAUGAAGUCAAAACUUGUCGACGAAGAUAAAAUGAACUUUACUCAAAUGAACUUUACUCAAAAAACUACUCAUCAGUCAGCAGCUUUAGCAAGUCAAACCAUGGAGAGGGCCGAACUUUUACUGAAUGUAGAAACUGGUGUGUUUGAAUCUGGCGGAAAAAGAGUACCAAAACCAGUGGUAUCGGAUGUACCAAUUCAAUCUGAAGCUCUGUCUGCUGUUAGCAGCAGAUUUGCUCAAUCGUCCUCAAACCGUGAUGAUCCACAUCGACAACCUAAUGUCAUUACAGUUGUGUCAGUUCCAAGAUCCGGAAAUAGUUGUUUUCAAACAAAUCCACCAAAAACGCCCGAAAACCUGUCUCAAAAGAUUGUCACUAUUCCUGUUGGAAAGGCUUCGGUUGGUCAAAAUCAGAUCACUACGUCCAUCGCAUCAAAGAAACCAUACGAGGAAAGAAGAAAUUCCAAGAAACUUAUCACUCACAAAUUUGUUCCACCUUCCAAACCAAUUUAUGUGAGAGAUGGCAAUGCUGAUUCAACUGGUGUUUCGGCAACAUCACGCAUGGAAAGCAUGACACCCAUCUCGAUAAGCGAUAUCCACAAUAAACCAUCUAUGUCAAUAAUUGUACCAACAAGUGUCAUAAGUACACGAGCCCCGCAAAGUACAUUUUGCCAAGUAACCAAAUCUUCAAAUGAUGACGAGAUUCUAGAUAUCAUUUUGAAGAGUCUGAACAAAGACGCUGAUGAGUCAACAGAUUCAGUUUCUAAUACCGUUCCGAAGUCAUGUGGUCCCUUGCAUCAAGAAGAUAGUGAUUCCAAUGUUUUUGAGUUUGACAAUGAAACAGGAGACUUAACACAGGGGGAAGAAAUGGUAUCCAACAUUUAUCAGACUCAAACUAAGAUGAAACAGCAUGCUGGGACGAUAAAUUUGCCUGGAAUUGAACCAAAUCAACAAUCUUACGUUCAACAGUGCAGUAACAAGAUUGUCCAAAAUCCACUCGUUAAGCCAUCAACAUCAGAUAUUAAUUAUCAUAGUCUUACCAAGACUCCAGGAAAGAAAUCACCAUUCCACUCCCCAUGCCGCUCCGUGAUGUCUUUAAAAAGCAGUUUUUCGACCUCAUCCACAAGAUACCUAAUGAAAAUGAAAGAAAAAGCUUUGAAAAUAACUCAAGCUAAAACGGCCCGCGAUUUUCAAACAGCUAUUGGCGCACCGGACACUAAGAAGUACAAGAAAUUCCCGUCAUUGAAGAGAAUGAUGGAUAGAGGUUUACUGAAACCUGGUAAAAACAAACUAAGUAUUAUACGUAAGGGAGAGAGAGUGACAGCAACUUUGCUAAAUUCUGGUAUGAUACUAGACGCUACUGGUCCGGGUUUCAGCACUGCCACCAAAUGGUUUUCGGCUGUAACAGGAACACAACUGACAACGAAAGCCAAAGCUUAUAGAAUGGUAUGCUAUGAGAAUACACCCUUGAUGGAGUUCAAGAAACAGUAUGACAAAUUAGGCAAUGUCAACCUAGUCACUUCCUCAUCACAAACUAGAGGUAAUGCAGGGACAACAAUAACUGCAUCACCACAGACCGCCUUCCAGACAAGCACUAACACAGCGGCAAUGCCAGUUAGAUAUCAAAUGACGCUUCCCCGUCCAUCUAAUCCUCGGUAUCCUCAUCGAAUUCCAAACCAAGUUCGUUAUUCAAUUCGCACAAGAUGUAUCACACCAGUAUCAAUACCAAGGAAUUUGAUUCGUGUAACACCUGAAUUUCCUUUGAAUAGGUCAUUAAUUGGAAAUCAAGACAAAUUGGAUCAAAGGAACCAGUUGAUUCAAACCACCAGUUUAAGUGCUGACCAAUCCAAGACAGCUGAUGACGCUUCAAUGAUUCGACCACUUGAUCCACAGUCGCUUUUGAAAGAAGAAAUAAGAUCCAUGUUAAUGAAGUCAGUUAAUGCAUUGUUAGUCAGUGAUUCAGAACUGAUAUAUUAUCCAGACAUCACAGAAGAUUUCUGGGUGAAGCCUUUCAAGGAUGUCGAUAUCUCAAAAGAGUUAUGGAAAGAGGUUGACGCUUGGUGA